GUUAAGAACAGCUACCCCAUGCCUCGUUCCGACGAGAUGUUCGACUAACAGGCAACCGCUUCUUUAUGAAGAUUGAUCUUUGUAGCGGUUACCAUCAGACCCGCGUCGCUGCAGCGGACCAGCCGAAGACAGCGUUUCGAUCGCGCUUCAACCACUACGAGUUUACGGUGAUGCCAUUUGACCUCACCAACGCACCCGCUACCUUCCAGAGGGCGAUGAACGACAUCUUUAGGGACAUCCUGGAGCAGUACGUUCUCGUCUACCUCGACGAUAUCUUGGUCUACAAUUGUACCCUUGAGGAGCACCUCAGACACCUCCGCGACGUCCUUGACCGCUUGCGCAGACAUGCCUUCUACACCAAGUUGAGCAAGUGCCUCUUUGCCCAGCACAAAGUGGAUUUCUUAGGACACUACGUAUCUAACCAGAGUCUCCACAUGGAUGACGCGAAGAUCACUGCUAUUGCAGAGUGGCCCGCCCCCACAUCCGCCAAGCAGCUUCGCAACUUCCUAGGUCUUACCAGCUACUAUUGUAAUUCCAUCCAGGGAUACGCUAGGUAUUCCUACGUCCUUACCUCCACCCUCCCCUGGAAGAACCCGCCCUGGGCUUGGACACCCCUCCACGAGGACGCCUUCCGCGCCCUCAAGAAGGCGGUGACAUGCGCACCGGUUCUUCACCUACCCGAUUUUGAUCGCCCUUUUAUCCUUACCACCGAUGCGUCAGACUUUGCUGUAGGAGCAGUGCUAUCUCAGGUCUUCCCCUCCUCCUCUGAUUCCUCUCAUCCUCGUAUCCCUCGCUUCCCACCACCUACCCCUACCACUGCUUCCCGACUUACGCCUACUCGUCCAACUACUGACGAGCCUUCUAUUGACUAUUCUCCUACCAUCGUCGAGGACGGCACUGUCGAGUCUCGCUCAGGUGAUUGUCCGAUAGUCUUCUACUCUCGUCAGUUUCUGCCCGCUGAGAUAAACUACACUGUUGAUGAACGUGAGGUUCUCGCAGUAGUUUAUGCCGCUUGGCACUGGUGUUACUACCUGCACGGGGCACCAUUCACCGUGCACACGGACAACUCCGUUGUCCAGGCUUUUCUGACAACACCGAAGCUCACUCCUCGACAGGCUCGCUGGUGGCGCGACCUAUCCGAGUUUAGUUUCACCACUUAGCACAUCAAGGGUGAGACUAAUCGGGUCGCAGAUGCCUUAUCCCGG